AUGGACAAAGCAUCGACAGAAAAGGAAGGCAACACCAAGUCCACGCAAAACCCUCUCCAAGAUGAGAAACGAAAAACCCAGGCUCAACUGACACGCCUCUUGACGAGAAUCCAAGAAACACAAGAUGGCAUCAAUAAAACGGUGCAGAUCAUGGAGGACGAUGUCCGCUGCGUCCAGGAGGAUUUCGAUAACAUGAAGUUGAUGGUCAGGGGAUACACCUCUUCCUCAAAUCACCGAUGGGAUGGUGACCACAAUGCCACAUUUCACGGCUUCGAAGUCAAGGCCCUAUUCGAGACUCUGGUCAAACUCGCCACUCUGGAAAAAGUUCAAGAAGCUGUGAAGAAACGCAGGGACGGGCUCGUGGCCGAUUGGAGAGAGUCGGAGCUACCGGACCGUCACAUCAUUGCUGCAGCCGAUAGGGCAUGUACUUUGGCUUACGGAAAGGCUCGGUUUGUCUAUAGGGCCAUGAAGGAGAUGCAGCGUAAGUUCCCCGAAGAAGAAGCCAUGAAAUGGAUCGAGGAACGUAUCAAGAGGAAGGCCGAAAAGAGGUUCAACAAGCUGAAGAAGGAAUGGCAAAGAUGAAAGGUCGCGUGUGGCAGAGAUGGACUAUUCUGCAGCGACUCGUCGUCACCCACGAAGGCCUGAUGCGAAUGGAGGACGAAGAAUAGACAUCGACUC